GAUCGUGAUUCAAAGGAUAAGGAAGCUUUACUUAGAUAGGGCUUUGAUGCUCUUUAUUCCUUCUCAAAAGAAAAUGCCAUUUAACAAAGACGGACUGGACUCUCCCGUACUGAAGGCAACGCAAAGUUGCCAAUGCUUCUAGUGCGAAUCUUGCUUUCGAAAGGAUCAGAGCCUAGUGUACUCUCUGUUCUUUCUAGUCUGGGUCUGCUUUGCCAAUGCACUGAUAGCUAUGAUUCUUCGAUCUCAAAAGUGAAAAGAUAAGGAUUGGAUGCUGUUCAAAGAUCUCCCCGCGGUGAAGGUAGACACGCUUGUUCAACGCUAUUGUCUUACCGGAGUCAGGCUUCAAAGCUUGGCAAGUGACUGGGUGGUUCAAUAGUGAAGAGCAUAGCUUUUCUCCGGAUGGUCUUGGUAAGCUGCUCUCUAAUGAGCAGAAAAUCGCAACUACCAGGACCCUCCUCCCCAGAUACUGUCCUCGUGUGCUAACCACUCCCGAUCGCCAAAUCAAUCAAGCGGCUCGCGGCGGUCUGGUUAAAGAUCACUUGAGUGGCUUUUCGCCUUUGAAUGCAGAGAAGGAACUCUUCCCCUUUCAAUCGAAGGUGCUGGCUACUCAAGAAAUUGCAUAUCAUAUAAAAAGCCCUUGCUCGGGCACAGCCAGACUUUGACUUUGAUUCCUUAGCAAAAGAACAAUCCGAAGCCGAUGGAUGGUCGAGCUUCCGCCCUGCUUCUCUUCGCCUCAGUCUUAGGAAGAGUAGGAUGCCUUAAUGCCAGGUUUAGUCAAGUUAGAGCUGGAGGAAAUGGAAAACUUGAAAGAACUUUGCCAUGGUUCACCUAUGCAUGCUCUUGGCUUCUUUGAGAAAUUAGAACAACUCUACAUAAGGAAGUGUGAGCAGUUGCGCAACGUUUUCCCUGCGAACUGCGAAUUGCGCAGUCUUAAAAUCCUUAAAAUUGAUGGCAGAGGACUUUAUCAGACUACUGUUGCCAUCAGCUGCGCAGCGGUUGCACUAUUCUCUAUGUCUGCUGCCAAAAGUCUAGAACAGUUAGAAGAGCUAUAUAUAGCAGAUUGCAAGGAUUUAAGGCGCAUAAUUUCAAAUGAAGAUAAUGGUAAUGAGGACAUAUCUCAAGCUCUUAACAACUCACAAUCAAUGCUCCCAAAUUUGAAGAAACUCUGCAUUCAUUAUUGUCCAAAGUUAGAAUUUGGGCUCCCAAGCUUUUGUGUUGGCCUUGAGAAAUUGCAAGAGAUAGAUAUUUUUAAGGCUUCAGAGCUGAAAUACAUCUUUGGCAAUGAAUAUCAAAAUGAGAUCCAAACCAAGCUUCCCAAUUUGAAAUCACUCAAACUCCAGAACCUCGCGAAUCUCAUUCAGAUAUGCAGGGGAAACAGUCAGCCUUGGUGGCCAUGUUUGAGGGAGCUAAGAUGUGUUAACUGUCCAAAAUUGAGCACAUCUUGUGUCAAUGUUAUGGUUAGGUCAACAAUGAGACAGCAGCAUCUGCAUAAGGGAGUUUCCCUUGAGGAGGAUCAGGGAAAACAUUUGGCCGCAAAAUUAGAGCAAGUCGAAUUUCGAGGCUUCUCCGAAUUGAGGUUCAUAUGGUCUGAUCCUACUAACAGACAGAUUUUGAGUCUUUAACAUCUUCAAUAUUACCAUUUGAAAAAUUAGUGAAAAGUAAGUUCUAUGGUGUGAUGAAAUUGGUAUUUAAGAAGUUGAUUAAACUGUAAUUAAUUUAAGUGACAGAGGAUUGUUUACAGUUGGUGUAAAAGAAAAACUCAAUUGUAGAAGAUAAAUUUUACAAAUGAAAUGGUGAUGAG